AUGAAAUCUAAUAAAUUUAGUUAGAGUCGUUUUAAAGAGGAAAAAUAGAGAUGUAAAAUGCUAUAUUCAUCACUCUAGCUCGAAGUUUAAAUGCAUCACACUAUUUUGUUUUCUCCGAAGUUCCAAGACAUAGAGUUUCUCAAGCCUCAAUUUUAAAAACAGAAGGCAAGGAAAUUAAAAGACGAUUACUUUUUUAUCAUAAAACAGUGCUUAUUGAUAAUUUGGUUAGAUACACUAAUAAGCAGCAAAAAAAAAAUAAAAACUUCAAGGAAAAAUUAUAUGAGAUGGAUUAUUCUCGACAAAGAAGAUUGAGCUGCUCUUGUAAUGAGUGUGGCAAAAGGUCAGCAAAGAUGAACAAAUUCCAUAAUGUUUGUGAGAAUUAUGAACAACCUUCCAAAGAAUUCUGGUCAAGUUUAAUUAUAUAAUAGCAAUAAUAAUCGUAACUUACUAUUUCAACAAAAUCCUUAAAAUCCACUGCGACCCUUCUCUCAAUCCCUGAUAUUAGUCCCAAAAAGCAACAAUCAAAAAUAUAGAGUCCAAUGUUUAAGAAAUAUAAACGAAAUCAAAAAUUAAUCUCUCCUACUCCAGUUAAUUUGAAACCAUAUCUUUAUGAAUCCCCUUAGAUAAGGAUUACAAAUCUCUAAACUGAAUAAACAUAAUUAAUACUUAAGCCAAUAUCUUUAAGAUCCUCGGCACCAAACCUAGAAAUCUUUGAAUAUUCAUCUAAAAAUAGUAGUCCAAGAAGAGGCAAAUCUAUUUAAAAUAAUAAAUUAGAGUAAUAAAUGUAGACUGCAAGAAAUUUAAAUAAAAGGAUGCUUCAAAUUUGCUACUUGAAACCAUUCUCUGGUAUCUCAAAUCGAAAUACAAUUUUGAAUACAUAAAGAAAAUAUUGA